AUGGACUUGGGGUAUCGGAACCUCCUGGCACCGAAUGGGCCACACCUGAUCCCCCCGAGCGACUUUCGGUCCCCGCGCCUGCCACGGCCUCCUCCGCUCGUUGACGAGCUGCACAGGACCCCCGAUUCUGGCGAGAUGGAGAAAGUCCCGCCUGUCACGGGGAAGCGCCGAGGCGGCUGUCGGAAAGCUUGCAAUGAGUGCAAGCAGCAGAAGCUACGAUGUGAUAUCGUUCAAACUCCUGCCGCGGCAUGCUCUCGCUGCCGUAGGUUAGGGAUUGACUGUAAAGUCGAACCAUCUUUCAAGCGUAUCUCCAAACGAAGACGCAAUGCCGAGAUGGAAAAGGAGAUUGCGGAUCUUCGCCGCCGUCUCUCCACCAAUCCAGAGUAUCCUCAAACGAGAGAGCCUCGCGAGGGCGAUGAAAUGUCGCAAUGCUCGGAUGAAGCCUUUGCUCGCCGAGACUCGACAGGCAUUGAUCGAUCUCGGCCUGUCUCAGUACCGGCCGAGUCGCAUCCGUCAAUGGCAACUCCAUUGACGAUGAAAAGGGACGGGUCUAUCCUGUCUCAAGACGACAACACGCCGUGGAGGCUCGAGGAUAUCACUCUCUCCCGGCCGCGAGUCGCCCGGCUCUUUGAGCAUUAUUUCAAUUAUUAUCACCCCUUUCUUCCUCUCUUGAAUCUUCCCAAACCGCCUGAGGUCUAUCUCAGCCGGUGUCCCCUGCUGGCCUGGACAAUCGUCUGUGUGGCUUGUCGUCGGUCUCCAUCAGAUCCGGGACUCCUAACAGCCCUCUCGGGACCAUUCAGUCGACUAUUAUGGUCAACUAUUACAGGUGUUCCUCAAGAUUACCGUGUGGUCAAAGCAUUAUGCGUGUUAUGUACAUGGCCUUUACCGACCACGAGCCAACGAACUGAUGCAACUUUCAUGUUGAGUGGCCUGAUGAUGCAAAUUGCCAUGCAGCUUGGAAUGCACCGUCCAGUCCAAGCAGAAGAGUUCACGACGUUCCGCAUCGAAGCCCAAGGGGAAGCUUUGAAGGAUCGCCUGCAUACAUGGGUGAUCUGCAAUAUUGUGGCACAGAACGUGGCCACUGGCUAUGGUCAGCCUCCUAGCACCAUCUACGAUUGGGCUCUUGAGCCUGCUUCGCUGAAAGAUGCCGACUAUCAUCUCCCCGAGAACCUGGCUAUCCGGCUACGUAUUGAAAAGUUCUGUGAUCGAGUCACCAAGUCUUUGUAUAGCAGCAAGCCCGAGCCGGCUGAAUUUGUCAGUGCGGAGAAGCUUGUCAUUGUGCAGAUUCUUGAAAGUGAAUUGAAGGAGAUGGAGCUCCAGUUUGGUCAAGAAAUUUCUGCCAUCAACAUGAUUCACCUGCGUGCGGCAGAGCUACACCUUCGGUAUUUCGUAUUCCUAAGCUCCAACCCCCGAAGCGACGACCUCACCAAGCUUUUCAUCGCAACCACCUCCUUCCUGGGCCGAGUGCUCGAUCUCGAAACCUCGCCGGGCGAGCUAAUCGGCCACUCCACGAAUUACAUCCUCCAGAUGAUCGUGUCAGCGGCCUUUGCUCUCAUGAAACUUCUCAAGAGCAACUUCAGCCGACACAUCGACUUCAACCACGGCAAACUUCUCUUCAACGGGGCCAUCUCGGCCAUCCGACGCAUCAGCGUCAUGGAUCAUGAUCGGCCCGUCCGACUUGCCGACAUUUUAUCUCAAAUGUGGAAUGCGACCGGGCCCGUAGCCGCCGAAGAGGAUGGUCUCCAGCUCAAGGUGCGCUGCCGAAUGAGCAUGAGCCAUGUCUACGAUACGGUUUGGCGAUGGCGACAACGAUUCCGACCGGGGAAGAGUGUAGAAGAAAUUCAAGCGGCAGCGGCGGCGGCGGCGAAUCAAGUCGUCACGACCACCAAUGGGAUACCAGCCCCAGACAGCGCAUUGGAUAAUCCGGGGCUGAUGCUUCCUACUCAAUUCGACGAGAGCGGGGCUUUCUUCAGUGAGGCAGGAUUCUCGGAGGUAUUUGAUUCUUUGAAUUGGGUUUUUGAGGGGAUUCCGGAUUCGUCGUUUGUCGCACCGGUAGUGCUGUAG